AUGUCGCAGCAUCACUUCUAUCGCGAAAUGACGUACCCAGUUUGUUCAAUCUUGUUCUGCAGGAGCUCCUACUCAGAUACAACUCUUGUUAGAUAUACAAUGAACUAUGCUGUUAUUUUGCCGAUCGAGUCUACAGUGUCGUAUUCUUGGACCACUGCGAAGAGGAGAGCUGCUAGCACCGAUAUUUCGCGAGACUACUACAAUCUGUCAUACAAGGAAAAGCACACAUGGCUGGAAUACAAAGAACCACCAAAUAAUGUCUUGUAA